AUGGGUGACAUGGAGCGUGAUCAUGGCAUUAAGCUAAAAUAUAAUACAGCUCUGAGGUCUCAAAACGCCGCCUACGACUUCAUUUAUGGAGAUCAUAAGAAAUCCUGGGAACUUUUGCCGGCGUAUUUUCAUAUGUCGAUGAAGGAAAAUCCUGGAACAUCGGCAUACAUUGAGACUGAUAAAGAUGACGUGUUUGAGUAUGCUUUCAUUUCUUUUAACGCAUCUGCAGGCUUCCUCAGUUAUUGUCGGCCUGUUAUUGUGAUUGAAGGUACGCAUUUGAAGGGUAAGUAUAAAGGCAUCUUAUUUGUAGCAACUACAAAGGACGGAAAUGAACAAAUUUUCCCUUUGGCAUUUGGUAUCGGCGAUAAGGAAUGUCAUAGUGCGUGGAUGUGGUUUCUCCAAAAGCUUCGCUCCACUUUCGGAUGUCCGAAAAAUUUAGUAGUUGUUUCUGAUCGCCACCCGAGCAUAAAGUCUGCUAUGGAGGUUGUCUACCCUGAAGCCGUACAUGCCAUAUGUUCCUACCACCUUCGACAAAAUAUUCGAAGUCACGGGUCUAAAGCUGUUGGUUUAUAUAUGAAAGCUUCAUACACUUAUUCUCCUGUUGUGUACGAGAAGUCGAUGGCCAUGCUUGCGGCAAAAUAUCCUAACACAAAAAAAGUUGUGGUUGAUGAAGCCAUUCCAACAAGGUGGGCACGAAGUCAAUGUCCUGUUAGACGAUAUAGUUUCAUGACGUCAAAUGCUUGUGAGGCCAUGCCAUUGGCUCCUUUGGUCUCCUUAUUGCACCCUUCAAAAAGGCAGAGGAACGGUGGGGAUCCCGAUCCGUCCGCAGAGGAAGGUGGUGAGGAGCCGCCCGAUCCGCCCGAAGAGGAAUCUGGGCCAUUGCCCUUGUCUGUUCCAGUAGAAGCACCCGAGGCCGAGCCCUUAUCCUUGUCUGAUCCGGCAGAUACACCCUUGCCCUUGCCCGAGGGCUUGCCCGAGCCCUUGCCUGAUCUGGAAGCGCGGGAGGCCUUGAUGGGGCUAGUGACCUUCAGUUGA